CUUCCCCGCCUCCUUCUCCUGGCCUUGCUCCGGCUCCGGCGCCGGCGGCGCCGCGGUAGCCCCGGGACCUCCACACUGCGCUCGGGCUGGUGCGGCCCUUCGCCCCCAUGCCCGCGGCCCCCCAGACACUGCAGCGACGUGGCUUUCGAUGCGUUGGAGAGUGCCUGUGGCCAGAGACGCGCUGCCUGGCCCGGCAAAGCCUGUCUAGCUCACGGUCUCCGGGACAACACUGCUGUCCCGCUGCAGAGCCAGUGGAGCCAUGCCCAAGAAGGAUGAUGAUGCCAAAAAGCCGGCAUCGGAGGCAGCACUGGACCAGCGCUGGAAACUACAAGUCUUCUACCUCUGCUUCUACGGCUUCAUGACACAGAUCCGACCCGGGGAGAGCUUCAUCACCCCGUAUCUCCUGGGGGCCGACAAGAACUUCACACGGACAGAGGUGACCAAUGUGAUCACACCGGUGCUGACCUACUCCUACAUGGCCGUGCUGGUGCCCAUCUUCCUGCUGACGGACUACCUGCGCUACAAGCCAGUGCUGGUGCUGCAGAGCCUGAGCCACAUCUCCAUCUGGCUGCUGCUGGUGUUGGGCACCUCUGUCCUGGCCAUGCAGCUGAUGGAGUUCUUCUACAGCAUCACCAUGGCUGCCCGCAUUGCCUACUCCUCCUACAUCUUCUCCCUCGUUGCCCCGUCUCGCUACCAGCGUAUGGCCAGCUACUCCCGCUCUGCUGUCCUCCUGGGUGUGUUCACCAGCUCAGUGCUAGGCCAGCUCUGUGUCACCUUGGGUGGCGUCUCCUUCCUCACCCUCAACUACAUCUCGUUGGGCUUCGUCAGCUUCGGCCUCAUCCUCACCCUCUUUCUCAAGUGGCCGCGGCGCAGCCUCUUCUUCAACCGUCCUAAGGGGGCUGGUGAUGAGGCUGCGGCUGCUGAGCUGGACAAGAUGGCUGGGGGAGACAGCGGUGGGGGCACAGGGGGCUGGCGGGAGGCAGUGCUGUGCCGUAUGCUGCGGGAGUUGGGAGCAUUGGCCAGGCAACCCCAGCUCCGGCUAUGGUCCUUGUGGUGGGUCUUCAACUCAGCCGGUUACUACCUGAUGCUGUACUAUGUGCAUAUCCUCUGGAGUGAGAUCUACCCCACCACAGACAACAGCCGGGUGUACAACGGAGGAGUGGACGCCGCCUCCACACUGCUAGGGGCUGGUGCCUCUUUCAUCGCUGGCUACGUGAAGAUCCGGUGGACACUGUGGUCGGAGCUGGUGAUUGGGGUGGUGACAGCUUUCCAGGCAGGGCUGCUCUUGCUCAUGAACACCACCAGGAACAUCUGGCUGUGCUAUGCCGCCUAUGUCUUCUUCCGCGGCUCCUACCAGUUCCUGGUGCCCAUUGCCACUUUCCAGAUUGCUACCUCCCUCUCCAAAGAACUCUGUGCACUGGUCUUCGGGGUCAAUACCUUCUUCGCCACUGUGCUGAAGACCAUCAUCACGAUCAUCGUGGCUGACAAGAGGGUCUUGGGCUUGUCUGUGCAUCCCCAGUUUUAUGUGUAUUUCGGCUACUUCACACUGCUGGCAGUGGUCUACCUGCUGGCAGCUGUCAGCGUGGGCAUCAAGCAUAGCUGCAGAAAGCAGCCAGCGGAGCUGGCUCUUGCCAAGGAGCCAUGCCAGCUCGCUGCCGAGGUGCUGGUACAGGACAAGAGCCUGGAGACAGGUGUCGUGCAAGCCUAAGCACCCGCACCGUGACCACCGUGGACAGACCUCUGCUCCAUAAACAAGCAUCACCUUCACUGUGUGCUUUGUCUCCUGUCCUGCUAGCAGUCCUUGGCGCCAGCCCGUUGAGGACAUACCCCUUGGGACCCUUUUUCUGCUCCGUGGGGGCAGGGGCUGUGCUCCCGCCCCCCAGACACAAACACAACCAGAGCAGGUGAAGGAUGCCCACGACUGCCACCACCACCAGGUACCAUGCAGGGAUAUGGAUGGAGUCCAGGUGGUCUCCUAGCCACCAGCUCCCCAUCAUCGUGCGGAGCCAGGCUACAAGAGGGUAACCUUUUUUUAUUCAGUGCCUUUAGAAAAUGGUUUAUAAGACACAACCGACAAAAAAAAAUAUAAAGAUCCACAGGCUUGAAAUUGCAUUAAUUACACAAAAUACAGUAGACUGUAAGAAAUAGACUGUGUGACUCGCACAGCUUUUAUGGUAAUAAUUUCCAUACAAUAAAAAUAGCUAGUUACA